UCAAACUGCAGCCGCACUGCUCCCGUACGUUGGCGGCCACGAAUGCAGGUCUAAGGGAUUCUAUCCUGAAGAGAUCGCAUAAUUUUUUUUUUAAUUGGAUUUUUUAUCUUAAGGCGACGCUGGAAAAGGGAGAAAUGACUCGCUUUUCCAGUAAUGGUUGCCCCGCAGUUGGACAGGAGCCGGAAGUGAGCAACCUCACACGGGCUUGAUGUAUCUCUUGGAAUUCUCUCUCCGUCCUCCCCAGCCCCGCCCUUAGGGUUUCAGGUUUGUUUAGCGGGCCGCCUUGAAGAGGUGGGGCCGCAGGUGGCCGGUUCGCAUUGGGCGAAGAAGAGAGGCCAGAAGGGGGUCCGAGCCAUGGCGGCGGCGGCGGCAGCAACAGCCGGGGGUGGGCUGCUAGCUUUGCUGAAGCGCGGCGGAGGAAGGCUAAGAUGGAAUGUGACUCCUUACAGAAAUUCUUGGAUGGCUAGCCCUUGUGUCUUUAAAUCUUCUAAACCAGAAGCUUUACAAAACCUAGCCAAAGAUGGAUUAACAUAUGCCCCACUUCAGACCUUUAUGGAAGAGGAGUUGAUGAUUAAAGAAAUGGUAAAAAAGUUUGCUCAGGAGCGAGUCGCACCGUUAGUACAAAAAAUGGAUGAGGAGGCAAAAUUUGAUGAAUCUUUACUACAAGAGCUAUUUGAACGAGGGUUGAUGAGUAUUGAUCUUGACCCAGAAUAUGGAGGAACUGGAGCUUCUUUUUUUUCUGUCAUUCUGGUGGUUGAGGAGUUAGCCAAAGUUGAUCCAUCGGUAUCACUUGCCUGUGAACUCCAGAAUACAUUCUCCACCAAAUUGUUUACGAGCUAUGGCACAGAAGAACAAAAGAGAACCUAUUUGCCCAGGAUGGCAAAAAACCUGGUGGGCAGCAUCUGCAUUUCAGAGCCUGGAUCUGGCAGUGAUGCAUUUUCCAUGAAGACUCAUGCUGAAAAGAAAGGGGACUAUUAUAUCAUCAAUGGGUCAAAGAUGUGGAUUAGCUUUGCUGAACAAGCUGGAGUCUUUUUUGUGAUGGCAAAUGCAAAUCCUUCUGCUGGUUAUAAAGGCAUUACAUGCUUCAUAGUAGACCGUGACACAGAAGGGGUGCAUGUGGGGAAGAAGGAAAAUAAACUGGGAAUCAGAGCAGCAUCUACAUGUCCUGUAACAUUUGACAAUGUCAAGGUUCCUGAGACCAAUAUGCUGGGACAGUUUGGAAAGGGAUAUAAAUGCGCAAUUGAACUGCUCAAUGUGGGAAGAAUUGGGAUAGCUGCUCAGAUGCUGGGUUUAGCUCAAGGAUGUUUUGACCACACCAUCCCAUACCUAAAACAGAGAAACCAGUUUGGAAAACCUAUAUUUGAAUUUCAGGGCAUGCAACACCAGGUUGCUCAGGUGGCCAUCCAGAUUGAAGCUGCACGACUGCUGACCUAUAAUGCAGCCCGACUUGCAGAAACUGGAAAGCCUUUAAUAAAAGAGGCAAGCAUGGCCAAGUAUUAUGCAGCAGAGGUUGCAACUCUAACAACUAGUAAAUGUAUUGAAUGGAUGGGUGGAGUUGGAUUCACAAAGGAUUAUCCUAUUGAGAAAUAUUACAGGGACUGCAAGAUUGGCACUAUCUAUGAAGGAACUUCAAAUAUCCAGUUGAACACCAUUGCAAAAUGCAUUGCUCAAGAAUACUAAAAUGUAAAAGAUUUAAUUACUGUACUUCACAUGAAGUUACAAACAGCGUGCCUUUACUGGUGGGGGUUGUGGGUUACCCUUCUAUUCCUAUUUUUCUAGCACAAAAGGGCCAUAGGGUAAAAAGUUGUAGCCCCGUUUGCAACCAUUUGUACAUCAUCACAGUACACACACAGAGAGGGAGGGAUUAAAAAAAGAAGAAUUACUACAAUGCAUUACACCCCAGUUAUGUAUAUGUAGAAGAAAAAACUUCAAUUGAUUCUGGCUUGGUGGAAUAUACAAGGCUGCUCUAUUUAACCACAUGGUAUCUUAGAAACUUUGUGUCUGUUAAUUUUGGGUGCUUAUUCAGAUAAACACGCACAAUGUUAAAUGUAAAUUUAUGAUGAAGA